UCUUGUUCAAGGGUUUAACUAAACCACGCCAAGGCGUACAGUAUUUCGGUGCUACCUAUUAUUAGGGCACGUCCUCUGUUCUUACAGCUUCUUGAACUCUCCAGUUUCUGCACUCGUCAGUUCCAUUUGCCUAUCUGAUCCAGUGAAAGAUCCGAUUAUAACGAACCGUAUUCGACCGUAUGGCGUUGGCUUUCGAUGAAUUUGGUCGGCCGUUCAUUAUACUAAAGGAGCAGGAGCAGAAAACCAGGUUGCGAGGCCUUGAUGCACAGAAGGCGAACAUUGCCUCUGGAAAAGCGGUGGCUCGGAUCCUUCGGACCUCGCUGGGGCCUAAAGGAAUGGAUAAGAUGCUCCAGAGCCCCGACGGGGACGUAACAAUUACAAAUGAUGGUGCGACGAUCUUGGAGCAGAUGGAUGUUGACAAUCAGAUUGCUAAACUCAUGGUUGAAUUGUCACGGAGUCAAGACUAUGAAAUUGGUGAUGGAACAACUGGUGUUGUUGUCAUGGCCGGUGCACUUUUGGAACAAGCAGAGAAGCUGUUGGAACGUGGAAUUCAUCCUAUCCGAAUUGCAGAAGGAUAUGAGUUGGCUUCCAGGAUAGCUUUUGAACAUUUGGAGCAUAUAGCCCAUAAAUUUGAAUUUAGCGCAACAAAUAUUGAACCUCUGAUUCAGACCUGUAUGACUACUUUAUCUUCCAAGAUUGUGAAUAGGUGCAAGCGCAGUUUGGCAGAGAUUGCAGUUAAAGCAGUGCUUGCUGUUGCGGAUUUAGAGAGGAAGGAUGUUAACUUAGACUUAAUUAAAGUGGAGGGAAAAGUAGGUGGCAAGUUGGAGGAUACUGAACUAAUAUAUGGCAUUGUUGUUGACAAGGAUAUGAGUCAUCCACAGAUGCCAAAGCAAAUUGAGGAUGCAAAAAUUGCCAUUUUGACUUGCCCCUUUGAGCCUCCGAAGCCAAAGACUAAACAUAAGGUUGAUAUUGAUACUGUGGAGAAAUUCCAAACGUUACGUCAGCAAGAGCAGAAGUACUUUGAUGAUAUGGUUCAGAAAUGCAAGGAUGUUGGGGCUACCUUGGUUAUCUGCCAGUGGGGUUUCGAUGAUGAGGCAAACCACUUAUUGAUGCAUAGGAACUUACCUGCUGUCCGAUGGGUCGGUGGUGUGGAGUUGGAGCUGAUAGCCAUAGCUACAGGUGGGCGAAUUGUGCCAAGGUUUCAAGAGUUGACACCCGAAAAACUAGGCAGGGCUGGAUUAGUUCGAGAAAAAGCAUUUGGUACCACUAAAGAUCGGAUGAUUUAUAUUGAGCAUUGUGCCAAUUCAAGAGCUGUCACCAUAUUUAUACGUGGUGGUAACAAGAUGAUGAUAGAGGAAACAAAGCGCAGCCUUCAUGAUGCUCUAUGCGUUGCAAGGAACCUUAUUCGCAACAAUUCUAUUGUUUAUGGUGGUGGGUCUGCUGAAAUUUCUUGCUCAAUUGCUGUGGAAGCAGCAGCUGAUAAAUACCCAGGAGUUGAGCAGUAUGCAAUUAGGGCAUUUGCAGAUGCAUUAGAUGCUAUCCCCAUGGCACUGGCAGAAAAUAGUGGUCUACAACCUAUAGAAACUUUGUCUGCUGUUAAAUCUCAGCAAAUUAAGGAGAACAAUUGCUGCUGCGGUAUUGAUUGCAAUGACAUUGGCACAAAUGAUAUGCGCGAACAAAAUGUUUUUGAGACUUUGAUCGGGAAACAACAGCAGAUUUUGCUUGCAACUCAAGUUGUUAAGAUGAUUCUGAAAAUUGAUGAUGUCAUCUCUCCAUCCGAUUAUUGAUCUUUUCAUAUCACACUUGAUGCAUAUAUUUUGCUGCUAGGUUAGUGUCAACUAUAAUAUAGCUAGCUGAAACGGUUGGUUCUUGUCAUGGUCC